AUGGCUUCUGUGACACCUGCAUCUUCGUCUACAAAAGAAACAACUAACUAUGCUAGGCUAUGCCGUGUUAUUGUCGAUGUGGGUACUUGUGCCCUCAGGGAUUGUUUUGAUACCAUCUGCUCACCACCGACUCUUCACACGGUCUUGACAGCCAGUCAAGCCACAUUGCAAUCUUUGAGAUCACGGAGGAUUAUCAAUGCCACCCAAUGGGGAAAGCUUUUCCCUGCAGUCUCUGCUUCGGUGUCUUCAAGAGAUUUCGACAUCACUUUACUCAUGAUCCUCUUAAGAACCAUAUGUGGUCUGGCUCCACCACUGACAGGAUGGGACGCCCAGCCUGCGGUCACAGACGUCAGCCGUGAAGCCGACAUUGCACGAAUCAAAUACUUCAGGAAUAGCGUGUUCGCUCACGCCGAACACGCUUCUGUUGAUGAUGCAACAUUCAACAAACACUGGAAAGAAAUUCGGGACACUCUAGUGCGACUGGGAGGAGCUACCUACCAGGUAAAGUAGAGCUAUUAAAUACAAUAGCACACUGCACACUAAUGCAGCAGUGAUUUAUCUGUUACCUUGUCCAUUUCAAGGUCGCUAUUGACAACCUGGAAUUUUGCUGCAUGGAUCCUGAUAUGGAGCACCAUUACAGAGAACUCCUUCAUCAGUGGAAAAAUGAUGAAGACAACAUAAAAGAUGAAUUGAAAGAAAUUGGUACCGACGUAAAAGAAAUUGGUACCGACGUAAAAGAAAUUGGCACCGACGUAAAAGAAAUUGGUACCGACGUAAAAGACCUGACAAAAAAGCUUGACGAGUUGGUGGCAUCAACUGGGACUCCUGCGGGACAAUCAAGUGAUGAAGAUGGUGAGUAUAUAGAAACCUUCAAAGUAGCUACUCUAUAGACAGCAAGGCAAGGAAAACGUUGACGUUCAUGAUCAGAACAAAAAGCAUAACUAUUUAAAACUAGUUUGAAAUAAAAUACCAAAGAUGACUUUUGUGUCCGUUUUUAAUAUUGUAUUUUGUGGACGAAUCAAAACAUGCCAUCCUGGCGCUCACAUCUCGGUGUUCAUUUUAAUCUCCUCCCAAACCCAGAAUUAAAAGAAGAAAGGCAAGGGGUUGAACAACAUUCCCAGCUCUAUAAGCCUACUGAAAAAGUUUAGUUUAAACGUGUGAGUUAUUCAUAAACAUAAACACAAGAAUAAAACCCCAGAUUCAAAUGUGAGUGUGACGAAAUGCACCAGAUGAUUCAUUUCGUAGCUCCCCUCAUCAUCAUCAUCAUCAUCAUCACUAUCAUCAUGAAAUUAUUUAUACCUGGUUUUUUGAAAACCGGGCUACUAAAAAAUGUCAGUCUCUCGCACUGAUUGUUAAUUUGAUGGCCCUUGUUACUUGAAAAGUAAAAUCUCACCUCAAAAAGAAAUUAUUGAAUACAUGAGCCUCCAUUUGAUAGAGUCAUCUAUCUUGAAGGUAACAAAAGUGACGUUUUCCUCAUUAAUCUGGAAAAUAAGGCAUUUUAAGAAGCAAUUUUUAGUGUCGGUGUCACCGAUUGCAAAGCCAAUUCCCCAGUUCACCCCAUUUUUAAUUGACGCUGGUCUCCCAAAAACAAUCUAAGCCAACACUGCUCAACAAAACCAAGUCCUAAAACCAGCAGUUCAACUGCUUGCUGACUAGGAACAUUCUGAACAGAGUGGGUCAUUGCUUACAUGCAAACAGCACAAACAAACUGCAUAAGAGUGCAAAAACACAUCAAACUUUACAACAACCCCACUCCCCUGCAAUUUAACCAGGCUACCCCAAAUGCAUACCAGACGAUAGCCCCAUGUCUGUGCAACAACAUGGCACCCGGCCAGACACAACCCCCCCUUAAUUUGAGGGAGACAUUGAGCUUUGAAAGACAGGGGUAGCCCUGGUACAAAAACUCAGCGAAUCCGCACUCUAGCACAAAGCAUAGUCUUUAUAACAACCCCACCCCCCUGGAAUUUAACCAGGCUACCCCAAAUGCAUACCAGAUGAUAGCCCUGUGUCUGUGCAAUAACAUGACAGCCAGCCAGACACAACCCCCCCUUAAUUUGAGGGAGACAUUGAGCUUUGAAAGACAGGGGUAAGCCCAGGUACAAAGACUCAGCAAAUCUGCACUCUAGCACAAAGCAUAGUCUUUACAACCCUGGGAGCAAGAACAUACCAGUGAAAAAGUUAAUUGCAAAAUACGUAUUCGACUGCUAUGAGAAAAGAAGAUCAUUAGUUCCUUAGGUUAACAUUGAUUAUAGUUUCACUAGUGUGUAAUUUGUGUUAUGAUUUUAAAUUAUUUGGCUAAAGUCGAUGUACAUAGGACUGUAUAAGACUCGAAAUAAAGGAUUGUUUUGUCUUGUCUUGUCUUAUAACAACCCCAACCCCUUGGAAUUUAAGCAGGCUACCCCAAAUGUGUAGUUCUAGAAUAUAUUCAUACUCCCUUUAUAGAAGGGUUUGGAAAUUGCUGGCAGGUUGGGGGUUCUCAUUAAGGCCCGAAAAUUUAAGUAAAUGUAUGAAGCUUGACUGUAAUUUCCAGAGAGGUUGGGGGGGGGGAGGUCUAAGAAAUAAUCCUUUUCGUGGGGGAUUAUGGAAAAUUUUUGGAACCACACAAUGGAUACCAGAUGAUAGCUCUGUUUUGGCAAAGUUUGAUAAUGAAAGAUUUUUUAAAAGAUAACGUCUUUAUUAUCAAAUACAAAAAUAUUAUUGAUCACUAUUUUACAGUAUGAUAUGUUUCAUCUGUAUUUGAUAAUAGUGAGAUGUCUCCGAAUUUCAUGGUUUAAUAGAGUUCUGUAAAGGUUGCUGUAGUUUAAUGGACUCAUUGUUGGGUUUUGGGCCAUAUGAACAAAAAUUAUCACUAUACACUUAUCUAGUGCGCAAUAAAGUUACAUUACCUUGGCUGAUGAAUCUUCUUUUUUGAAUAACUGGUAUAUUGACACCUUCUGCAUUGUAACGCUGACUUGAAGGUACAUGUCAGUUACAUAAACAAUAAAAUAUAAAAUAUGACAGUAAGCGUUUGUGGAUUUAAAUGUUAUUGGACCAAUCAAUUUCAAGUAUUUGGUAAGAAAGACAAGUUGUUUACAAAUUUUUUGGAUUGGUUUUAAACCCUUUUCAAAAUUUUUCUUUCUCUACCAUAGGGUUCUAUAUUCCCUUGAAAGUCACCUUCCUUUUGUUAUCGUACAGCAGUAAAAGUUUGUUUCGAUAAAACCUGAAGUCUUAAGGUAUGAAGCUCUUUGAAAGGGCUUGAGCUUAUGUGUUUAUCUAUGCCAGGAGUUUCCUUUUUCGAGUAAUUAAACAGUAAUAAGAAAAUCUAUAACUGUAAGUCCUAAAUAAUCAUGAUCUCCUGGCAAAAGAGAAUGAAAUUGUAUUUUCUCUGUAUGGUGUUAGAGGCGAAACAGUUUGUUUUCUAUAGACAAGGUCAGUAAACAAGUGUUAUGUUCUUUGAGUAAGCAAGAUCACCAAACAGUCCCAUUAUUGGUUUUAAUGCACCUGACAUCACGGCGGCCAUGUUGGAUGAUAAAAACAAAUGCAUUUCUCUCCUCUGGGAACUCAACUGUAUUUUCAUUUUUAUGUACUGAAUUGUUUUCAAGCCUGGUCGCCUUGUCACGUGGUUACUAUCCAAGAAUGUUAAAAACCUUGUUUAUGAUUAUGCAUACAUGUUUCAUGAUGUUUUGACUCUUCAUGCAAUACUGAACUUCGUAAAGUAGGAAAUUGCUGCAUUCACAAUAAACGUAAGGUGUUGUCAGAACAGUACGGAAAUAUUGCCCCAGUGUCAAUAUCUUCAAAGUUUAUGUUCCCUACCUGAAUCCAGAAAUCCAGAAAAGAAUUAAUAGCCUUCCUUUAUAAAACGCGGACUUAGGUCACAUUGAUUCCUUUCGAUCGAUAGCCUGGAUAACGUUUGAAGUUCAUUUGUUUCUGGCUCCUGUGGUCUCGGGUUCUCAUCCCGUUAUAAAAGAAUCAAAGGCUGAGAAGAGAUCCGAAGUGUUUUGAUACACGGAUGGUGUUUGCAGGCAAAUUUUCAAAAUAGUUGUAUAUGUGUUUUUCAGACCCGCGGCAAAUGUAGCCACCCUGCCUGGAAAUGCGGGCUCAUAUUCCAGUUGCAAUGAAGGUCAUGUGAUAUAGUAUCAAAAUUUAUGCAUAAUCAUGAGCAAAUCUACGCAUAAAUUAUCAUAACAUACUUCAAGUCACAUGGCGUUUGAAAAGCAAAAACAUAUCAUCAAUACAUUGAGCUAAAGCGGUCUAUUGAAACGUCUGUAUGUCUCAUAUAUUUUUCUUUUUAAUGAAAUAAUAAAAGUCUUGAAAAACAACUACAAAUAUUUUGAAAACUUGCCUGCAAACACCAGAUCGACAUUCAGUGAAGUAGCGAGAUUGACACAUUCCACAAAUAGAAGUGCAGCUUUUAUAAGCAUUCCCACACUCUGCCACACUUCUAUACUUUGUCUAAUUUUACCCUGUGAGAAAAUAGCUCUUACAUCCUUAUCCAGUUGCCACAACGUUAUUCAACAUGUCCUACGCGAAUGUUAGACGGGUGAUGCUGCGGCACAAAAGAGCGGCAAAAUGUCCUCUUUUGUCAAAAUUUUUAAAUCAAUGUGUCACUACAGAGGAAGGAAACUUUGUUUCCACAUCGGAGCUUUUUUCCGCCUAUGAAACGGCAGUUUCAAUUUGGACCGACGACGACAGUGUUCACGGCCAAACAAAGUUCUUAAUGAAGAGAAGUGCUUUUAAUCGAGUAAGUUCAAAAGUUGAAAAAGAAAACAUCUCAAGGCAUUGAAGGUGAAAUGAUCUAAAAUCGUUUAUUUUUAUGUCAACAGCAACUAAAAAAGGAAAUUUCCACCUUUUCUUUCUCAAACAAUGGAAAUGUCACCUACGGCGUACAAAACAACAGUAGAGGAUACUUCAAUAUUAAACUCCACCGCGCCCGUCGUAUGCUUGGCCAUGAAUUUGGAGGUGAACAGAUGUUAAGAAACAUCGCCGUAUUCAUGGCCAGGCAUCCUCCACCAGUUCCUCCAAUCGAGGUGAGUGUUUACUUGAGGCUAUUUUGUUCCUUUCCUGAUGAAUAUCUUUUCUUCUGGUUUAAUGAAAUGUUAAUAGCUGAUCAGUAUUCGCACUUUUGUUGCGCAGGUGCACGACGUUCCAAGUGACCCGCGAGGCGCGGGAAAAUGCGCCUUCGCCAAAAAAGACGUGGAAAGAGGACAGGUGGUGGCAGAGUACACGGGGGAGCUUAUAUCGAUGACUGAGGCAACGAAACGCGAGGCGGAGUACGCGAGAGUAGGAAAGACAUGUACCCUCAUGGUCAUAGAUCACCGCGGCCAAAGCAUCGCGUAAGUUAAAGGCUUAAGCGCAUUUUUACAAAUACUUUUACUACCUCCAAGACGACGUUAUAUAAACACGUGUGACCGUUGUUUUGACUUGACUUGUCGCCUUUUGAUUUCUUUGAACUAUCUUUCUGUUUCAACUUACUCGCGAGAACCAACAGUUACUCAGUAUGUUAUGAAUAUAUGUGGGAUAUUCUUAAUGUUUGUGUUAAGUUGUACACACUAAAACGUUAUUUAUUAUUUACUUUCAGAAUUGAUCCUUACUAUGGUGAUAUUCAUGCCGAGCUAAACUUGGCGGCAACUAUCAACCAUUCAAGGCAAAACGCAAAUUUAAAGCCCUAUGUUGAUGAUACAUCGUCGCGAGCAAGAGUGUUUUUCGUUGCUUUGCAUGAUAUUCCACAAUCUGUGGAAUUCCUCUGGAAUUACGGCGACGCAGAUUGGGAAUAUCAUACAUACAGUCAAACUCUUCCACACUAGCUUUUACCGUUUCUUUUUCUUCUUUAUUCUUUCCCUUUUUUCUUAAUCAUAACUAUAGUAAAAUUCUCAAAUCUGAUAGGCCAUCAACUGUGCUGAUUUCACCACUUAUAGGCCAGUACGCGUUAUGCCUACUAGUUGGACAGCACGCACCAUUGCAAUCGUGCACUCAAAUGCUUUUUUUUUUCUCACUGCUAGCGAAAAGCUCUCGGAAGUUCUUGCGUUUUAAUUUUGAACAAUCCUAAAAUAUCACACAUUUUGUUAUAGUUAUGAUUAAGUUGUAACAAACGUUCAUGCAACCCAAUACGGUCUGUAAUCAUAAUCGAGAUUUAAGUAAUCACUCCCGCUGCACGGUCCUCCGAUUUUUUGUUGAUCACUCGCAUCAUUACAGACCGAAUUGGAUUCCACUUAGUCCAUCUAUUGCCAUCACUACUAAAUUUACAAUUUAUCGUGACGUUAUUACAAUACAUGCGGUGCUUUUUUCAUCCCCCUUUUUUGUCAAUUUGGGCUAACCGGCAUUACCAAACAGGCGAUUGCCUUAACCUUUUUUUGUCUAUCGAUGCCAAAAAUUGAUUUUUAUGUUCACAUUUGUAAUUCAGUAAAAUGUUCUCAGAAAUAUCUGCUUUGCGCUGCGUUUCAGUCAUGCAUGCAAUUUGAUUACGGACCAAAAGUAAAGUUUUGUUUUAUUGUGCGCGAGUGAUUUUACGAGCUAGCUUUGCGCGCUCGAAAUGAGUUUUAGCAUCGACGACGGCUACAGCAGCGAAAACGUCACUUUUAAAAUGAAUUUGCGUUUUUCAAAUUUUAUCGCGUUAAUUCCAAUUCACUGAAAAUGUCUAGUGUAGGCAAAUUUCCCUGGAGUUGAUUUCUUAAGGACUGCACUCAAGUUUAGAAAGACAAAGAAAAUUUCCCUAUCGCUUGUUUACGUCCUCCAUAAAACGUGAAAUUAGGCUCGUAGUCGUGCAGCAAUGGCAAAGAAAUGUGCAAAAAAGUGAUCUGCACGUGUAAACGUGAAGUUUUGUUUAAUAAACUUAUUGCUGUUUUGACGUUCUCGUUUUGCCGUCGCCGUGGACCUUGCUAAAACUCCCUGCUGACAGAGAUUACGCUAAAAGGUUUAUGGCCAGUCAGGACAUUUAAUUUAGCCUGAUAGGUGUUACUUUACUUUGAAGCUAAAGUAUACUCACGUCUAAAAAAUCUUCCUUUGGCAUCGACGGCGGCAACAGCAGCGAAAACGUCAAUUUUAAAACGAAUAGGCGUUUUUUUUUAAAUCUUGCGGUGUUAAUUCUAAUUCUCUCCAUAAAACGUAUCGUAGUUGUGCGGGCAGUGACAGCAAAGAAGUAGAUGCACGGGCAGAGUUCUUGCUUUUCUUAAUAAAUCUAUAGCUUUUUUGACUUACUCGUUGCCGUGGCCGGACGUCGUUGCUAUAGCUUCCUAUGUCCUGAUGUUUUUGCUUCAUGUUUCUGUUAUUUACCCAUAACUAUAAGGUUUCCCUUAGUUUCUUACUGAUUGCUAUUUGGCGAAGGGAAUAUGUUUGAUAAAGUGGACACCUAUAAUUUAGCUUGGAAACAUAUCAUCCUUUCUUUCAUCAGCUGUGCAUAAAUUACGGUUGCACAUUGGCCAAUGCACCUUACAUGUCGUUGCUAACAGAGAACUUUAUAAACGCAAUAGUUUCUCAUUCGUUUCUAGUUAAAUCAAAUUGAGUAUACACAGCCAAAGCAAACUGAUCGUGAGGAAGGCACGCUUAAGCCUUUACCGCAGCGGGGCGCUCGUGCGAUUAUCAGUCGCCUUUAGUUCAACGUUUGCCUUUUAAAAAGGUCUCAGGGUGCAGUUACAAGUGUUUACUCAGUCGGACUGUGGUACAUCGAGUUGUGUACACUACUAAACGGAUACAGUGAAUAAAAUGUUCAUGAACCUAAUUAUUGUCUCUCAAUCCGAUAAAACCAUCGGUAUCGUAAUUAGGGUAUAAGAGUUAUUUCUACGAUAUUGUAACUGGUAUUAUCACUAUGUACACAAGUAGUGGGUAUUCAUUACUAGUCAGCAUCAUGACUGUCCUGAUCAGCAACUGCCAAUGCAGUGAAGAACCGUAAAGCCCUUUCAGAUAAAUAUUUCUGGGCGAGUGUUAUACAAUUUGGUCUCACAUUUUCGCGAACAGGUCUGCAACUUGUCUCACAGGAACUAGAUCCGCUGGAUUUAAUUCCUCACAUUGUUUCUUCUUUACAGAAGAGACAAUCGUUGGCUUUUCUACUGUAUCCAUUGUAACCCUGAUAAAGGCGGUUUCAUUGUGCCUGGUAAGCGUUAAGUUUCCUUCUUGAUCUGGUAUCUCACCAUAGCCAAAAUUCAUAAACGCAAUUUUUCCCACUCCGAAUUUUUCUCCGUUAAUGUCCUCGCUUCUAGCAAUGUAUUUGUUCUUUAAGUAAGAUUUGUAGUUCAUUAUCUGAUGAAGGCUUACCCAGUGGCUUCUGACGUUACGUAAAUGGCUAUUUCGUAGAGAAAUUGCCCAUUCUUGAGGAGUUUCGAUUUUUUCCUGAGUGUUAAAGAAUUGCUGAAUGCACCCGAAUCUUCUAUCGCAUAUUGAAAAGGAAUGCCCUUCCAACAGAAAUUUCAGAUCUACUCGAAGAAACCUUCCAUUUUGGACAAGGGUGUCCAAGUAAAAAAAUAAAAAGCAGUGUUUAAACUGUGCUGGCGAGUUAUCUGCCCAUAGUAUUAAAUGAUGAAAUGUCCCGUACCUUUCUAUUAGUGUCUCCAAUACGUAGUUAAGUAACGAUAUCACUUCAUUAGGACCACUUCCGCCAAUGGAUUCAUCGUAAAAAAAACAGUUCAUAAUAUCCUCAUUGGCUGAAUAGACCCCGAAAAGAUUAGUCCUUAACUUUCUCAAGUAAAAGGAAUCUUGAGAGGAAACUUUUGGCGUCGGAAGACACUUAUGAUAGUCCAUUUGGAGAACCAACACUCUUGGCAUCAUCGUUAAAUGGCACCCCUGGGUCACAAUCCGGUCGAAACGGAAAUAAUUCAAUGGGCCGAAGAUCUUAACAAAGGUCAGUGGUCGGAUGGGCACAUUAUUUAUAAGUGUGUUCACUUGCUUGUUUUGUCGCAAUAUUAAAAAAAAUGAAAAGUCGCGAAAACUCUGGAUUUUUCUCAUAAAAUGCAGCUAUUUUGUAGAACGUGUUUCACAACACGGAAAUUACACCUGAAUUCUAGACUUUUCGUGAAUCACGCAGUUGAAUUUCCUUAAGGCCGACUGUUUCAAGGGCGAAGUUGAUAAAGUAUUAUCAUUAUUAUGCAAAAAGUGAGUGCCUUUCUUAUUUUUGAUGGAGUAAUAUUUGUGUCUGUUAAGAGGAAAAAUUACACAAAAAUGCAUUUUUCUCUUGUCAUCCCACACGACUACAGAGGCUAUUUUUAAAAAAACUAUACUGAUAAGUAGCGAAACUGUCAACACGUGGUAGAUUGGUUAUAAUUGACGUCAGAAAACGUUUUUAUAGUUACUUUUUUAUCACGAUGCUAGAAAAUUCUAGUAAGCUCUACCUUCCAUGAAGAAUACAAAAUGAAUAAGGAUCACGCGGGUGAGAUUAAACCAUUUUCCUUUCCUUCAACAAUGGGCUCUUUUGCUCAGCAAGAAACAGAGAUGAACUUAAGUGGGGUUGAUGUUAAUCGCCUAUUGUACAUUUUUGACAGUUCGAAUCCGUGGCAAUAUUUUAGACAAGGUAAACCUCUUGCAAGCUCGGUAGAGAAAGGAAGGAGAACUUUGAGUUCCAGAAGCAAGUUCAAGAAGGUUUACGUGCCAAGGACGAACCGAGUGAACCGGCGCAAAAAUGCUGCCUUUGGUUUGCACAAUUUGAACUUGACCUGUUGUGACAAUGGAUGCCUCCUGAGACACGGUCUGUGUAAUAUAAAACGCAUCAUACGACAGCAAAGGGACCUGCUUUAUAAGAAACAAUACAAUGAACAAAAUUAUCUUCUGUCAAGACUUGUGGAAGUGAAGAUCACGCAAACCGGAAAACGAAAAAUAACAUACAAGUCCCCAUCGCUAGGUGAAGUAUGCAAGACUGCGUUCCUCAAGGUUUAUGGUAUCUCAAAGCAUAAAAUAGAAUGUCUGCUAAAAAAAAUGAGCCCUGAAGGGCCAUUUAUAGAGCCCGACCAAAGAGGGCAAACCACUCCUCGAAGACUUUUGCCUGAAACAAAACAGACCGUCAUCGACUUUAUACUUUCACAUGACGCGUCCGAGUCUCAUUAUAGAAGAUCGCGAAGUGGCAGCAAAAAGUAUUUUGAGUCCAAUGAGUCACUACGAAAAAUGUGGUCGGAAUAUAUUCGUGAACAUCCUGAUGUCAAGACGACCAGGUUAAAAAGAAAAAACAAAGGACCUGUUAUAAGUUUUUCAACUUUUAGAAAUAUCUUUAACACCGAGUUGAAAGAUGUUCUUAGCUUCAGAAAAUCUAGGCUCGAUACCUGUCAAGUUUGUGACAAAACUAAUAACCGACUUAAGUAUCUAAAAUCUUUACGAAAUCGCAGCGACAAUCAAGAUCAAGAGAUCCGCGAUCUGACUCAUUCAAAGAACUCUCAUCUCAGAGAAAGUGAUCAUGAAGCAAGGUUUGCUUCCUUGAAAUAUGACGUAACAGUAUUGGCUUUAAAAGUGCAGUGAACCGGAGCUGAGACACUUUUUUUAGUUAGUUUAAUUAGCCAAAAUAAAGAAAAGAUAAAAAUACGACUGAAAUAGAUCUUUUUACAGUCUUAUUUGUUUUUAAUUGUGAUUAUUACAGUUUUCAUUUCUGUAACUUUCUUUCUCUCUCUUACCAUUGUUGAAUGAUCUGAUUUUUAUAUUUUAUUUUUUUUUGUGUUAAUAGAGGGCCACAAGUAAAUCAGUUUUUAUUGUAAAAAGGUUAUCUGCUGUUUAAAUAAAGUCUUCACUCCACUUUAUCCGACUGCAUAAUUUGCCAGCCAGAACAUAAUUACAUCAUAUGGAUCAUUCCCCUUAACAGGAAGGACGUUUCUAUAUUACACUACGAUACAUAUGCCCCUUACUGAUGUACGUUUGUAGUCUACAAAGAGGCAACACCUGUAAAUGGUGAGAAACCAUCUUCCCGCUCGUUCGAAUCUUUUUGCAAUACAAAGAUUUAAACAUCACUGUCUAAGUCACAAAUUUAAUGGGAAGCUUAAAAAAAACACGGGAGGAGAAAGAAAUAUCAAGUAUCUUUCGUUGCAGCAUUUUUAUUUAUUUUUGUUGCAGUCAAGUAAUAUAAAGUUAAUUUUACCUCAACGGUACCGAGACUUUAACAAAGGCAAGGCUCAUAUCACUUCCUUACAUAAUUUUUUAUAACAUAAACUCCUUGAGCAGGGGCACCCCCAACGACAAUUUCCUCCUAAUACAUUUUAAACACUUUUUAGGCUAUCCAGAAUAUUUUUAAAUCUCUAGAAAUGCAUCGUCAGCGUCGCUAUAAACGUUUGUGUAUCAGUUCGGUCAUCCUACGGUAUUUUGAGUCUUUUGAAAAAUACGAGGGCUUCAGCGUUAAUUUCCCGAAAAUAUUAGAUGCACUAAAAGGUUUUAACAAAGUUAAAACUGCAUAAUUGAUUCCGGUUAGGAACAUCAAAUUUUAGAGUCCGAAAUUUUCCAUUUCUCUACCUAUGAUAAAUAGCCUAGACUGGGGGGUAAAAUGUGAAGAAUUUAACUUAAAAUAAAAUAAUGGAAAUUCAUUAGCUAAGUUUCAAAAUUUGUAUAUGAAUAGAUCAACAUUCAUAAGCAGAUUUUAAGCCGUCCUCAAGCAGUAGAAAAUAAUAGGCCUCUUCUCCCUCUCCGUAGAGAAAUUAUAAAGUAAGCAGUCGCUCAGUGUGCCUGUUUUAAAAAAUAAGAAAGAAAGGCUAAAGUUAUUUAAGAGUCAUCUCCAAAAAUUCAAUGACUUAAAACCUAUCAAAAAACUUAUUUAAACAAACCUGGUCGCCUAAAAAACCAACAACUCCAAAUGCAUACCAGAUGAUAGCCCUGUGUCUGUGCAACAACAUGACAGCCAGCCAGACACAACCCCCCCUUAAUUUGAGGGAGACAUUGAGCUUUGAAAGACAGGGGUAAGCCCAGGUACAAAGACUCAGCAAAUCUGCACUCUAGCACAAAGCAUAGUCUUUACAACAACCCCACCCCCCUGGAAUUUAACCAGGCUACCCCAAAUGCAUACCAGAUGAUAGCCCUGUGUCUGUGCAACAACAUGAGACUUAGUUUGACGGAAGCCCCCCUCAAAAAAUAUUAGCUGGGCCAACGGGGACAACAGCCCGUCCCUACGGGACGGGCUGUUGCCCCCCUCGUGCAAAUUUUCUGGAAUUUGCACUGAUUUCUGUCAAUUCCAGGAAGUUAUUUGGAGCCCAUGGUUAAGAGGUGAGGGUGGUUAGUCCUGAAGAGCGAGAUUGUUAUUUUUACACUAAAAGUAUCAGGGCUUUAAGCAAAUUAAGUUUUGAAAGAUUGCCUGCAAUGUGCUGGACUUGACUUAAGAUUUCAGGCAACCCGGUUUUCAAAACUCCAGGUAGAUUUAUGUUAAAGCUAUUUUAACACGAUAAAAAUUUGAAGCAUAAGCUUGUGGGCUCGUGUUAUGUUCAGUAAGCAUAUACAGUAUGACACUUAAGUUCUCCAAAGAAUGGCUAAAAAUAGAUAGGGCAUAAAGACAAACCAGAUUGAAUAGCACUUAAAAUCACGGUUAUGCCUCGGAAGUGACUGAACUGACUGGGAACCUUUGCAUACUUUUAGCCUUCUUUAGAUUACGGUUAUGUCUCGGAAGCGACUGAACUGACUGGAAACUGAAAUCGAGAUCCUUUGCAUACUUUUUGCCUUCUUUAGAUUACGAUAAAGAACCGUGAACUGGGAGCUCGUAAAAUAUGUAUGAAGAAAGAGCGUUUCAUAAAAUUGCACCUCUAAGACUGACUGAGUACAAUUUGUGGCCCCUUAUGAAGUCGUAAGGCGCGUGAGAGUUGGUCUUUAAGUAGGAUGAUGCUUUAAGUGCCUUAUUGCUUAAUACUUGUAAAAUAGCUUAAUUAAGCGGAGGUUGUACAGCUUUAAAAUGCAUUCCACUUACAACGCCGAUACUGACUCGUCCUCUACUCUAGGGGGUGAUGCGGGCCAUUAGGGAGAGGUGGUGAGAGAUGACUGGGGACGAGUCAGAUGCCAAUAGGCGUCGCAGCCGGGGGGACACUCAAGGGAAGUUUAGGUAGAGGUGUGUCGCCGAGGCCUUUAGACCUGUUUAGGACAGGAUAUUGCUCAUUUCGCUACCCUGUUUAAAUAAGAAACCUUUUAAGACUGGUUCGUUUCAUUUUUCAUACAGAAUUAAGCGUUUUUCAAACUAACAUCAUGAAAUAGAGGGAGAUGUAAAGAAUCAACCGUAAGAGGACACAGAAAAAAUCUGAGCCCCAGAUGGGAUUCGAACCCACGAUCCUCCGUAUUCUAGAUCGGAUGCUCUAACCUCUGUGCUACUGAUCAUGAGGACUCGUUGACGAGCAAGGGUCAUAACUGCAUCACGCAGUCAAAUUAAUAGCAAAAAAUGUAGGCUCCUUCAUAGGCGGGACAUUUCUUGCUAUUAAUGUGACUGCGUGAUGCAGUUAAGUCUUAAUUCAAAUUAACCAAUUAAAAUUGAGUCGUCUCAUCAUGAAAAUUUUGACGUAUGGCCUAGGUCUAACCCCAUUCCUUUUUCGUUUAAUAUAAGGUAAUGGCUCAAAACUAGAGGAGACAUUGGACACAACUUUCAUGUGCAGAGAGAAGUUUCACGAGAAUGUACUUCUGACGUUUUACUGUACACAGUGCAAAAUGUGCAUUUGCGACAAAUGCAGACAGACACGUCAUACUGAUCACACCACCAUCGAUAUCCACCAAGCCGCAGAACUACACAAAGUUCCUAUCGAGGAGACUGUACAGAAAAUGAAAAGAAAAACUGCUGAUUACACGGAGCGUGUGGAAAAAACAAAGGAAUCCUUGAGAAAGGGCAGGGAGACGGUUGCUUCAGCUCGUACUAAAGUAAUGACUUCUGUUGAGGAACUCAUCCGACUUCUGCAGGAACAUGAGAAAGCUAUGAUAGCCAGUCUAGAUAUUUUUUAUGGAAAAGUACAACGGGAACAUGCAGCACAACUGGAACAUUUGGAAAAUUCUAGGUAUCAGUUACAAGGGCAUGUGGAGUGGUGCGAGGGCAUCUUACUGAGGAAUAAAAGUGUUGAAAUUCUGCAAGCCCAAAAUGACUUCAUUAAGCGGUCCCGGUGUCCUACAAAUACAGAGACACUGAAAAUUUACAAACCAUCGCAUGUCAGAUACGAGAUAAAUAAAGAGAACUUGGAGACUAUGAGACGUGCUGUUCUGGCGCUUGGUCAAGUGGUUGUUAGUAACACAGAUCCUUUGCAGUCAGUGUCUAGAAGAGUAACAGGGUUGCGAAAGAAAGAAACAUGGUUCCUAGAUUUAUUUCCCACCUGUCCUGACGAAGCGACGAGACGGGUAGGAGAGAACCCUGGGAACGAGGUUGAAGGAGAAGUCGGAAUCGAAGCAAUAAUCAAAGUAAAGACAAAAGAUUCUGAGGGAAACCAAUGCCACGACGAAAAUGAUCGGAUUGAUAUAAGAGUUCAGUUACCAUCAGGAAAAGAGCUGAGUUACCGUGUGACUGCUCCUGGAAAAGAUGGUGAAUACAGCGCCGUUUACACACCCGAUUGUGUUGGAAAACAUGAAGUAUUGAUUGAGGUUAACGGUGAGCCACUGUCUGGUAGUCCAUGGUGUGUUGAGGUGUUUCCACAUCAUUACAGACGUUUAUUUUCUUUUGGUUCAUACGGGAAAGGGCAAGGACAAUUUAAAGAGCCCUGUUCUAUUGCAAUAGAUGAAAAGUCAGGAAAAGUUGCGGUGGCCGACAGAAAAAGGGUACUGCUAUUUAGUUUGAACGGGACGUAUCUAACAGAAAUUAACACAAAGAGACCAAUUGAAUCCUCAUCAGUAUCAUUCACCAAGUUAGGUGAACUAAUAGUUAUUGCUUCUAGUAAGAUUUCAUGUUUCCAUGCGGAAAGUUAUAAAUUUUUAAGAACUGUUAGCAACAAACACCUAAAGAAACCAGACCACCUGACAAUUGCUGGUGAUGAACGCUUGAUGGUGUGUGACUGGGGUGAUAAUACAGUGAAGGUCCUAUCACCUGAUGGCUCACAGCUGCUACUCACCAUCAUUGAUCCAAACAGCGGAACUCCAUUUUGUCCUUUGUAUCAUCAGAAUAAGUUUUUUGUUUCCUUUGCUGAUUCCUCUUACUCCUUAUUUAAACGUGUUAAGGUAUUCAGCGAGGAUGGUGUGUUUUUGUACAACAUUUUUGUGGGGGAAUGUUCUGGUCACAUUGCAAUUGACAGGUUCAAUAACCUCGUGGUGUGUGUUGGGGAUCAAGAAAAGCUUGAGAUGUUCAACCUUGAUGGCACACUUGUCAACCACACAAAAGUAUUUGGUUUUUGUCCUCGUUCUGUUGCUGUGUCAGGCACUGGCCAGCUGUUCGUUAUUGAUAAGUCCCUACACUGUGUGCGGGUUUUUCAGUAA